CUUGCAAUUUGUUGUAUUGGAUGACUGCUUCCGACUGAAAAAUUAAAUAAUAAUACAAAAAUAGUUCAAAUGGAAAUGUAAUUUGUUUACAAACAAUGCUGUCAUUCCGUCACGCAAGGAUUUAAUUCAACAAAUAAUUAUAAUACAGAAUGGACCGUAACAUGAAAAGCUAAUCCUUUGAUUCACAUACUAAACCUCGCUUUUGUCAUCCCGUGCAGGAAGUCAUGACAUUCCCUGGGCAAUAACAAUGGAUGGCAAAAACAACACAGCCGCGCUGUGACCAAUGCAAUGACCUCCUGUGCUGAGCUGGUUUGCACCAGUCGAGCUCUUCUUCUCUUCAAGUCGUUUGGAUUUGCUGGAACUGUUCUCAUACUCCUCGCAAACUUGCGACUUGACACAUUUGUGCUGUAGAGGCGACGAGACAACAUCCAAAAUGAACAUGAAACUUGAAAUGAGCAACGUCGGCCUAAAAGUUGGGGAUCAGCUGAAGAUAAAAGGAGAGAUUCUGCCUGAAGCUGAGCGAUUCCAGAUUGACCUUGGCUAUGAUGCAGAGGACCUGGCUCUGCACUUUAAUCCCCGUUUCCAUGAUGACACGGACGGAGCCGUCGUGGUGUGCAACUCAAAGCUUGCCGGUGUGUGGGGGGAUGAGAAAAGGGAAAUGCACAACCCCCUGCAGAGAGGCACGCAUGUUAGGAUUGUGCUGAAGCUUGCCGGUGACAUGUUCGAAGUGGAACUCCCUAAUGGACAUGAAAUCCAGUUUCCCAACCGAGUCGAUAUGGACGUCAUCAACUACUUCAGAAUCACAGGAGACUUCAAACUUACCUGCUUAAAGAUUUGCUAAGCUCCAUCCAACCAUAAUGGCUGCAUGUUGGUCCCAAUUUACUUCCUAAAUCUCAAUGCAACAUUUAAAUACAAUUCAAAUAUUCUGGUAAUACCCCAUUGACAAUUAUGUUUAUUUCUCUGUAGUGCGCCUAAAACAUGCAGUACAACUUAAUACAUUGUAUGGCUCAGAUUGGGGAGGGGGGGGGGGCACAAUAUACUGUUUGAUUGACUGUUCUGGAAAUGCAUUAAAUGUGAGAAACAGCCCAAAGCCGCUGACUGAUUUUACUAGCUGCGUAAGUAAAAUAAUAUAGCCUAAUUAACAAACGAGCUAACGAUGCAAGAUAUGCUAAUAAUUUAUAUAUAUAGCUGUAUAAAUAGAAAUGAUUAUCCACACAAUAUCAGUAUCAAAAUGUGAUAUCGUUCAAGAUUAAUAUCAGAAUUUUUCCCGAUCAUGAAAAUCGAUAUUUAAAAACAAAAUGCAGUAUACCGAUACACAUAUCGGUAUCGGAAAUGGAGAUUUGGGCAAUGUCGGUGUAUCGUUUUUCAGCAUAAAAGCCAAUAUACCGUAUUUUCCGGACUAUAAGUCGCACUUUUUUUCAUAGGUUGGCUGUUCCUGCGACUUAUACUCCAGAGCGACUUAUACAUGAAAAAAGUGUUUAUGUUAUGUUAUGUUUAUUUUUUGUGUAGCUGAAUAAGCAUUGUGUUAGCAUAGCUUACACCUAUUCAGCCUGUUAUAUAUUCGUUUAUUAUUGUUAGAACUUGCCUUCCAAGAUGGUGUAAUGUCUGUUUUGGUCAAGUAGUUGGUAAAAUAAAUUACCUGCAAAAAAUGCGACUUGUAUGUAUGUUUUUUUUAUACCUAAUUAUGCAUUUUUGGCCUUGUGCGACUUAUAGUCCAGAAAAUACGGUAUAUAACUUGGUCUUUUUGUCCUUCAUUUUUGCUGUUUUUUUCAU